GAUUACAGAAGAGCUGGUCAAGAAGGAGGAGCUUCUUAUAGAGCAGGGAAGCUGUACAAAGGUGGAACAGACGCUUGAUGAGCCUGAGGUUGUAGAAGAGGGGGUUUGCAAGAAGCAGGAACAGCCGGGCAAUAGCAAACGGGAUGUCGCAGAGGGAGGUGAAGCUGCGAAGGAACAGCCAAAACAAGAAGUGCCAGCACCUAUAGAGGAGGGGGCGGGGAAUUGGCUAGAAGAGCUCAAGGCUGUCAUUGAAGAUGAGCCCAGGAGGAAAGCCCAGGGGGGGCGUAAACUCCCCAUACCUGCCUGGAUGAAGGCCAGCGAGAGCUCAGAUGCCCAUUUCCAAGAGCCGCCGAAGCCCCUCGGCAGUCGGGUCAGACGCGGGAGCAGUGAAGGGGAGGUGAACAUCAAGGCCAAAGGUCAAGAGGUCAUUAUGGCGAAUGGAUGCCCUGGGCUAGCUGCUGUAGUUCAACAGGAAGAGGAAAAACCCCCGGAAAAUACGACAAAGAUGGAGAAUCCAGCUCAACAGGAGGGCAGUCCACAUGACCUGCAGAUCUCCCUCUAUGUGAAGGCCGGCAGUGAUGGAGAGAGUAUCGGGAACUGUCCGUUCUCUCAGAGACUCUUCAUGAUCCUCUGGCUGAAAGGAGUCAUCUUCAACGUCACCACUGUGGACCUCAAGAGAAAGCCGGCGGAUCUGCAGGAUCUCGCUCCAGGAACCAACCCUCCAUUCAUGACCUUCAACGGAGAGGUGCUUGUGGACGUCAACAAGAUCGAGGAGUUUCUCGAGGAGCGACUGGCCCCACCACGGUACCUACUAUCGCUUCACCUGCCAUUGCCAUUUAAAAGAUUCUUCCAAAUUAACCCUGGUACAUUUUUUAAGUUCCCAAAGUUGGCAGCAAAGCAUCCAGAAUCCAACACAGCAGGAAUAGAUGUAUUUGCCAAGUUUUCUGCCUACAUCAAGAACCCUCGUAAAGAAGCUAAGGAGGGUCUGGAGAAAGCUCUUCUGAAGUCUCUGAAGAGGUUGGAUGAGUAUUUGCAGAUGCCGCUGGCCGAGGAAAUAGAUGCCAACAGCGUAGAUGAUCCCGGUGUGUCCACACGCAGUUUUCUGGAUGGACCGGACCUCACGCUGGCCGACUGCAACCUGCUGCCCAAACUACACAUCAUUAAGAUUGUUGCCAGGAAGUACAGGGGUUUUGAGAUUCCUGCUGAGAUGACCGGGGUGUGGCGAUAUUUGAAUAAUGCUUACAAGAGAGAGGAGUUCAUGAACACCUGCCCUGCUGAGCGUGAGAUCGAGUUCGCUUACCUGGACGUCGCCAAAAAGAUCAAAUAAUUCAGAAUGACCAGACAAGAACUGGUAGCUCAGAGCACUGUCACAUGCUUGUGUGUGUGAGUGUGUGUGUGUGUGUGUGAGAGAGAGAGAGAGAGAGAGAG